AUGGCUCCCUGUAGUUUGACAGGAAAAACUCUCAUCCAGCAGCGGAUCCCUGACCUGUUAAGCACAGAUCAUCAUACUACAUCGGGUUCAACCCACAAGCUUGGCUUCGCGUCAACGUUGGGCUAUUGGUCCCGAUUCGAGCGAGACGCGCGCCAGCACUUCUUAUCGGUCAACUGGAACAGCACCAUUCUUGACUAUGCCCCAGAUGAUCAUGAUGACAACUCAUGUCAUGUCAAAAAUGAGCAACUUUUCUGCGGGGAUGAGCAUUCUGUGGUUGCGCGGUUUGGCCAGAAUGUUGGUCACGUCAUGACAUCGGUGAUCCGGGCUUGCAAGGGAGCCGACAUCCGUUUCGGAGAUUUCAAGUCAGCCGUUCCUCAGUCAGGUUUCACCAAGGUCCCCGACAUUGCCAUCAUGGAUAGCAAAGCGAGACUGCUUUUUGUGGCGAAGCAAAAACGCCUUGGAUGCAUGACAUUGAAGGAAGCGUACAGGAAGCGCCCGGCGACUUUAGGAAAGAUCUCGAUAGCCAGAUACAUGUAUCUGACCCAGAGCAAGUAUGGUUUCCUGACGACCUACGAACAGGCGAUCUUCUUGAAACAGGAUAAGCAUCCAACCAGAAAAGGGAGGUGGGUUCUUUGGCAUUCUCCGGUAAUCCUGCAUGAUACGCAGUCGCGGGGGGUACCAGGCCCUAGUGGUCGAGGCCAAGAUCUGUCAAACCCUGCCCUUUAUCGCCAGAGGGUCUCCCUGAGAGAGUGCUUUCUUUAUUUCAUUGAUCUGGCCUGCGGUGAGAAAACUGCCAUGAACACCAUGAAACUUAAUACCUGGGUCGUCGGACAGGACUUCAAAUUUGACCAGCAUGACUAUGUCUCAGACGAAUCCCCUAGUAGCUCAUCGGAAGAGGAUAGUUCAAAGCCAUACUCGGCCCAGCGAGGAGACAUUUCCACUAGUCGAGCUUCAACCCAUAAACAGGCCCAAGAAUUAGCAUCAAUGGCUGACCUAGAAAGCCUCGCUAGUCGGCUGACUCUCGGAGACAAACCUCAAUUACACAGUGAGCUUCCUUGGCAACGCGGCGGUGAUGUGAUGGUACAUUUCAGUGACUCACAGCAGCGAUGGUACUACAAGGACAGCAGAGGAAUUCGGGUGUAUGUUGAUUUGUAUAAAGAGGAGCGUUCGGAUGGUCCGUCCAGAGCCUAUUUUAUCCAGGGUGGUUAUCGUUAUCGGGUCAGGCGUGACAGAGGGAAGCAACGGGCUAAGUGA